AAAAAAUUUUUCUUUUAAAUUAGUAUAAAAGUGUAAUUGAUUUAUUUAAACAAUUCAGGUGAAAGCGUUACUCGAUUAAUCCUCUUCGCCGUAUCACAGCGUAUGAAAUAUUUUACUACAUUAAAAUCCACCCUCCUGUUGUGAUUGACAAUGGUUCGGUCGGUCGUUUAAUUGAUAUAAACGUGCAAAUUGUUAUACGAUGGGGCUUAAGCUAACGGUGGAAGCUGUACUUAGCUCUUGUCAACAUCCAGUUGAUACUAUCAAAUCAUAAAAUGGGUGCAAAUAUAUCGCAGCUAGAACGAGAUAUUGGCUCUGAUCAGUUCCCUCCCAAUGAGCAUUACUUUGGAUUAGUAAACUUUGGUAAUACGUGCUACAGCAAUUCUGUAUUACAAGCUUUGUACUUCUGUCGUCCAUUCAGAGAGAAGGUCUUGGAAUAUAAAGCAAGAAACAAAAGAACCAAAGAAACCUUAUUAACAUGCUUGGCAGAUCUUUUCUACAGUAUUGCAACACAGAAAAAAAAAGUUGGCUCCAUUGCCCCAAAAAAAUUUAUCGCUAGACUAAGAAAAGAAAAAGAGGAAUUCGACAACUAUAUGCAACAAGAUGCUCACGAGUUUCUCAAUUUUCUCAUUAAUCACAUUAACGAAAUCAUACUCGCUGAGAGAAACCAAAGCAGACCUGCAGGUGGAAAGGGUGGAGCCGGAGAUGCAGGAUCCCCACCAGAGCCGACAUGGGUUCAUGAAAUUUUCCAGGGCAUUUUGACUUCAGAAACACGUUGUCUCAAUUGUGAAACUGUUUCCAGUAAAGAUGAAGACUUUUUUGAUCUACAAGUUGAUGUAGAUCAGAACACUUCUAUCACACAUUGUCUGAAAUGCUUCUCUAAUACGGAAACAUUAUGCAGUGACAACAAAUUCAAAUGUGAUCAUUGCAGUAGCUACCAGGAGGCUCAGAAACGUAUGAGGGUGAAGAAGCUGCCAAUGAUAUUAGCAUUGCAUUUAAAAAGGUUCAAAUACGUAGAACAAUACAACCGACACAUCAAAGUUUCUCAUAGAGUGGUCUUCCCGUUAGAGUUAAGACUCUUCAAUACUAGUGACGAUGCUGUGAAUCCAGAUCGAUUGUACGACCUAGUAGCGGUUGUUAUACAUUGUGGUAGUGGUCCUAAUAGAGGUCAUUACAUUUCCAUUGUAAAAAGCCAUGGAUUUUGGCUCCUUUUCGAUGAUGACAUGGUCGAUAAAAUAGAUGCAGCGACAAUAGAAGAUUUUUACGGCCUGACGUCCGAUAUUCAAAAGAGUUCCGAAACUGGCUAUAUUUUAUUCUAUCAAUCAAGGGACUGUAGUUAGAAGUUGACUCAUACCUUAGCAAUUUAACAUUUUAAUACGAGUGAUGAUGAAGAUGAUCCAUGGGACUUUGAGAAUGUUUAAAUAGCAUGCUGACGAAUCUGUUGUUUAAGUUAAUAUGCAAUCAGAUUUUGGAAUUAUUUUCUUAAACGUGUUCUAUGCUCAUUGGUAUUUAAACAGUCCAAAAUAAGAUAUACUAGAUGCAUGCAAGCUAUGAUCACGCAUAUGAAAUCAAGAUGAGUAUUCAACUAUGGCAGACAAGCAAUCAGAAAAUGUUAAUGUAAAGUUUAUUUAUUUUAAUUACCUAUGUUGUACUAUGUAGAACUAGUCGAAACUGAAAAUAUGUAAGAGCUAAAUGGAAUCUUUUAUUUAAAAUACUCUUACCUUGGUUCUUAUCAUGUCAGUGAUAUUUAAAAUUAACAUGUUACAGGCACUAUUAUAGUACAUUAUUAUUAUUCGAAUGUAAAAAUAUAUGACU